AUGAGAUGCACUUGCGUGCAUGCAUGCAUGCAGGUGAAAGAAGAGCUGAAAUCACUGGCGAACAUUGCAUGUCCAAUAAUGAUGACAAACGUGCUUUUGUACUCACGAUCUGCCAUUUCGAUGCUUUUCUUGGGUCGGCAAGGGAAAGUUGAGCUAGCUGGAGGAGCACUUGCAAUAGGGUUUGCAAACAUCACUGCAAAUUCAUUCCUCAAGGGUCUCACUAUGGGAAUGGACCCAAUUUGUUGCCAAGCAUAUGGAGCAAAAAGAUGGUCAGUUCUAAGCCAAACCUUUUGCAAAACCUUGUGUCUUCUACUCCUUGUUGCCAUCCCCAUUUCACUACUAUGGCUAAACAUGGCACCCCUCCUUCAGUGGCUAGGCCAAGACCCUGAAGUCACAAAGGUUGCACAAGUUUACAUGGCCUUCUCUAUCCCAGAAUUGGUUGCACAAGUUCAUCUCAAUCCAUUGAGGUCUUUCUUGAGAACACAAGGCUUAACAGCUCCACUAACUGUGGCUGCCUCUUUUGCUGCCAUUUUACAUCUUCCAAUAAAUUACUUCUUGGCCACAUAUUUGGAGUUGGGAGUGAAAGGCAUUGCAUUAGCCACAGGUUUGAACUCCAUAAACAUGAUCCUAGGCUUGGUGCUUUAUCUUCUUCUGUCAGAGAAACCUCUAAAACCGUGGGAAGGUGCCACUAUUUUGUCCUCCUUUCAUGAUUGGAGACCAUUGCUAAGUCUAGCAUUGCCUAGUUGCAUGUCGGUGUGCUUGGAGUGGUGGUGUUAUGAGAUACUGCUCUUCCUAUGUGGCUUGUUGAGUAAUCCACAAACCACAGUUGCUACCAUGGGUGUCCUAAUUCAAACAACUGGGUUCCUAUAUGUGUUCCCAUUUUCAUUGAGUGCUGCAUUGACAACACAAAUUGGGCACUCACUAGGUGCAGGGCAACCCUCACGUGCACAAUGUACAGCCACAAUAGGACUUUUGGUAGCAUUUGCAUCUGGGGUCUCAGCCUUUGUUUUCUUGAUGUUUGUGAGGAAAGUGUGGGGGAAACUCUUCACAAGUGAGACACAAAUUGUUGAUAUGGUCACAACCAUACUUCCAAUUUUGGGGUUGUGUGAGAUUGGAAAUUGGCCUCAAACUGCUGCAUGUGGGAUCUUAUCAGGGACUGCACGCCCUUAUGUGGGUGCAAGAAUAAACCUGUGUGCAUUUUACGUAAUAGGGUUGCCAGUUGCAAUUUUUGCUGCUUUCAUGCACAGAUGCCAAUUGAGAGGUUUGUGGUUUGGCAUGUUGGCUGCACAAAUUUCGUGUUUUUGUAUGAUGGUGUACACGUUGAUUCAAACCGAUUGGGGGCAUCAAAGUAAAAGAGCUGAGCAACUAGCUCAAAGAACAGAUGAUGAGGAAUGUGGACUCCUUAACUCUGAUUUAUGA